GCGGAAAACACGCUUGCUAGCGCCCGCUAACGCUGCCUUACCGCUGUCAAGUUUGUGUGUAGAUGAGGUGGAUGAACGCACAGCAGCAGUGGCACUGUGUGACUGACGGAGCCUGGCAGGUGGACUAAUAAAACAAACAAAAAAAACAGAAAAACAACCACCACCUCGUCGGUAUCCCGGACAACCAGCGGUUUGUACAGACAACCUAACGGUCAACCGUCGGUUCUGAACCAGCGUCAACCGGAGCUGAAAUGCGAACGUAGCCGUUAGCAAGCGAGCCAGGCCCCGAGGAGAGCUGGCUGGCUGCAAACCUCCACCCAGACAGUGAGCAUAAAUGUUUCACACGUACCAGUUUACCAAGUUUGUCGACGCCGGAGAGGAUGCGCAAGGACGUGAGGAUAUUAUUAGUGGGAGAGCCCAAAGUGGGGAAGACGUCUCUCAUCAUGUCUCUAGUCAGCGAGGAGUUCCCUGAUGUGGUUCCCUACCGAGCUGAGGAAAUCACCAUACCUGCAGAUGUCACUCCGGAGAGAGUCCCCACACAUAUUGUGGACUAUUCAGAAGCAGAGCAGACAGAUGAGCAGCUGUUUCAGGAGAUCUCCAAGGCAAAUGUGAUUUGCAUUGUCUACUCUGUCAACAACAAGAAGUCCAUAGAGAAGGUGACCAGCCACUGGAUCCCUCUCAUCACUGAGAACACAGACAAGGACAGCAGGGUUCCUCUGAUCCUGGUGGGAAACAAGUCGGACCUGGUGGAACACAGCAGCAUGGAGACCAUACUGCCCAUUAUGAACCAGUACAGUGAGAUAGAGACUUGUGUUGAGUGUUCAGCGAAGAACCUGAAGAAUAUCUCAGAGCUGUUCUACUACGCCCAAAAGGCUGUUCUGCACCCGACAGGCCCCCUCUACUGUCCAGAGAAGAAAGAUAUGAAGCCACUUUGUGUAAAAGCCCUGACUCGAAUCUUCAAAGUGUCUGACUUAGACAACGAUGGGAUUCUCAACGAUAAUGAGCUCAACUUCUUCCAGCGGACGUGCUUCAACACCCCACUAGAGCCUCAGGCGUUGGAAGAUGUAAAAAAUGUGGUGAGGAAGAAUCUGAGCGACGGAGUGUGCGAUAAUGGACUCACUCUCAAAGGCUUCCUGUUCCUCCACACCCUGUUCAUCCAGCGAGGUCGCCAUGAAACAACAUGGACCGUGCUGAGGAGGUUUGGAUACGACGACGACCUGGAGUUAAAUCAGGACUACCUCUUCCCUCCGUUGAAAGUUCCUCCAGGCUGCACCACAGAGCUCAACCACAAUGCCUACCUCUUCCUCCAGAGCGUCUUUGACAAACAUGACAAGGACCGUGACUGUGCCUUGUCACCAGAGGAGCUGGGGGACCUGUUUGAUGUUUUCCCAUACAUGCCCUGGGGUCCAGAUGUUAAUAACACAGUUUGCACUAAUGACCAGGGAUGGAUCACCUACCAGGGAUAUCUCUCCCAGUGGACGUUAACAACUUAUCUGGAUGUCCAACGAUGCCUGGAGUAUUUGGGUUACCUUGGUUACUCAAUAGUUGCUGAGCAGGAGUCCCACGCAGCAGGAAUUACAGUGACCAGAGAUAAGAAGAUUGACCUGCAGAAGAAGCAGACCCAGCGCAGCGUCUUCCGCUGUAAUGUCUUUGGAGAUAUUGGCAGCGGCAAGAGCGGCUUCCUCCAAGCCUUCCUGGGUAGUAACCUCAUGCGCCAAAAGAACAUUAGAGAGGAACACAGAUCAUACUAUGCCAUCAGCACAACCUAUGUUUACGGCCAGGAGAAAUACCUUCUUCUUCAUGAAGUGUUCCCCGACUUUGACUACCUGUCUGAUGCCGAUCUGGCCUGUGACAUAGUCUGCCUGGUCUAUGAUGUCAGCAACCCUUACUCCUUUGAAUACUGCGCCAAAGUUUUCAAGCAAUACUUCAUGGACAGCAAGACUCCAUGUAUGAUGAUAGCAGCGAAAUCAGACCUGCCAGAGAUCAAACAGAUGUAUGGCUGCAGUCCUCUGGAGUUCUGUAGGAGGCACAAGAUGCCACCUCCCCAGUCAUUCACCUGUAACACUGCAGCAGGACCGAACAGAGACAUCUACACCAAGCUUACCACUAUGGCCAUGUACCCCCACGCCCGGUUGCGCUGCAUGUGCACUUGUAAUCGGUGCACCUUCUGCUUGUGUCAGAACUUCCUCAACUCUGAGCUGCUGCAGACGGUCAGGGCCAAACUCUACGCUGUUGUACUCAGAAGACAUGUGAGCCAAGCAGACCUGAAGAGCUCGACCUUCUGGCUGAGAGCGAGUGUCGGGGCCACAGUGUUUGCGGUUUUGGGCUUUGCCAUGUACAGAGUGCUGCUCAAACCACGGUGAUCCUCGGGCACCUGGGCCCAACAUUCUUUACACCCAUGGUACAACGUUAGGCCUACUUGCAUUUAGUAACUGAAAGAAUAUAUAAAAAAUCUGUCAUGGUUUUGUAAUUUCAGUCCAAAUUGAAAAAAAUUAGAAAAAAAGUGUGAAAAUGUAUCUUAGCAAGCAUUCAUUUUCAUUCCAUUGUAAAUUUAUCUUCUUGGGAAUAGAAGAGACAAAAAAAUAUUUAAUUUUGUACCAGAAACACUAAUUUGCUUAUUCUGUUUGUCUGCAAGUAUUUAAAAAGUAAUAUAUCUAUAUUUAUAUUGAAAGUGAGGGUAAGCUGCUGAUGAACUGUGGUGAAUAACGAGUGAAAUACAUAUAUAGAUAUUUUUUGGGUUGCUUGCUGAUUGAAAUGAACAACUUGGUCUCAGUUGUGAUAGCGAUUGUGGUAUGUGAGGUAUACAAUAGCAUUCAUGCUUUCAUUAGACUGAACAAUAUGUAAAUAGUGUAUAUACUAUAGUAGGCUGUACAUUUGUUUGUCUGUGAAAAAGACCAUGUGUGACUCGCACUCAAAACACUAUGUAUGUAUGUAAAGGUCUUAGUUUAACCGCCUGGUCACAAACUUGCACAACCAUUAGCAUUGAUUAUUCACACUGACAGAUAUUGGUUUGCCUUUCAAGGCCAAAUGCUUCGGCGCACACUUUUUUAUGUUAGUACAUCUGCACAGGUCAUGUUUGAUCAGUAGAUGUAUGGAAGGAUUUGCUGCUCUCUCUCAUGUCUUCCCACGUUGGUCACUUUCUCAGCUUGUGUGUGUGUGUGUGUGUGCGUGUGUGUGCGUGUGUGCGCGCGCGCGUAUGCGCUAAGAUAUUGAAAACUUACACUUUACAACCACUGUACAUUUGGUGUUUGCAUGCUUCAGAAUUUCCGACCACAUUCCAGUGUUUAAAGACAUACUGUACAAAAUAAUUACGAAGCCAACUUCUCCACAUUGCUCUCCAGCUCCCCCAAUCAUCCAGGGACGAAGUAAAGUUUAUUGACAGAAGUAGUUAGUUGAGUCUUGAGUCAUAGUGAAGUUUGUCAGCUCUCCUGAUCACGAAAAACGCAAUAGCGUGGCCCCAGAUGUUCAAUUUCAUGCAAUACCAACUGCUUGCCACAAGACUCAGUUUGAUGUAUUUACUCCUCCCUGUCUUUCCAAAAGUUUACAAUAAAUGUCUGUUACAUCUGG